AAGAUCAGGACUUGUCCAUCAUUCUGUGGUUGACCAGCCUGUGACUCUCUUACUGAUCCACAGGAGGAAAUUUAGUUCUUUCUUCAGGGACACGGCUUCUUUUGAGGUGUGUCCCGCUCUGAAGCACUGAUGAUGGGUAUGUGGGGCAGAGCAGCAGCUCUGUCUCUGGUGCUGCAACAGCUGGUGCUCACUGUCACAGCUGAAGGCACUGUCUAUGACCUGCUGGACUCUCCAGACUGCCUGCCAGACUUGCUGCAAGGAAAGCUGAAGAGCAAAGGGCAAGACGAGGCUUUCCUCCUCUCUUCCUUCAGGCUCCAUAGCAAGGGCCCCACCUCUCUCUACAGUGUCAUCAACCCCAAAGACAACACCAAGUACCUGGACUUCAGCGUGCAGGCCAAGCUGAGCAAGGUCACCAUUCGUUACCAGAAGACUGACGGCAGAUUUGGCGCCACCAGUUUCAACCACGCCUCCCUGGCUGAUGGCCGAGAUCAUCAUGUGAUGCUACACGCCAGCGGUCUGCAGGGUGGUCCGCCUCGCCUCAACAUCUAUGUAGACUGCAGACUGGCGCACACUUUGGAUGAUGCUCCGGCUGCGUUUGGAUCACUCCCACCUGGUCCCAAUAGGGUGGCCCUUAGGACCCUGCAGCCAAGUGGACAGGAUGCACUGACAGACUUCAAGCUGGUGACAGGGGACACUAUAGACAAUGUGGCCACUUUGCAGGACUGUAGUGUGGACCAGGGUGAAUCUCUGCAACUGCUGGGUAUCCAGGGAGGCAGGACGGUGCACGACCAGGCCACCAUGCUGGAGCUGAGGAGCAUGCUAUCUGAGAUGAAGGCGCUACUCCACCAGCAGAUUAAGGAGACAACUUUUCUGAGGAACACCAUCGCAGAGUGUCUUGCCUGUGGUCUCGGGGGCAGUCCAACCAACGCUGGUCAAGCUCCAGGUCCAGGGCAGUUUGUCAUGCAGCCUGAGCCUUUGACUCAGUGCCCACCUGGGACCUGUUUCAGACAGAACAUGUGCAUCCGUUCAGAGUCAGGGGACUUCCAGUGUGCCCCCUGUCCUGAUGGAUACACAGGAGACGGGGUGCACUGUGAUGACGUAGACGAGUGCCAGUUUAACCCGUGUUUCCCUGGUGUCCGGUGUGUGAACACUGCUCCUGGCUUUCGCUGUGAGAAAUGCCCUCUGGGAUACACCGGACCGGAGAUAAAUGGAGUGGGAGUAUCCUAUGCUAAGUCACACAAACAGGUAUGUGAGGAUAUAGAUGAGUGCCUGGGCCCGCCUGAGAAUGGAGGUUGCACUGCCGACUCACACUGCUACAACACUAUGGGCUCCUUCCGCUGCGGCGAGUGUAAAACCGGCUUCACAGGUGACCAGGUGAGAGGCUGCCAUGGCACCAGGCUUUGCCCCAACGGUCAACCCAACCCCUGUGACCCCAACGCUGAGUGUGUCGUGGAGCGAGAUGGCAGCAUUACCUGUAUGUGUGGCAUUGGUUGGGCAGGUAAUGGCUACGCGUGUGGAAAGGACACAGAUAUUGAUGCAUAUCCUGACAAUAAUCUCCAGUGCAGAGACAACAACUGUAAGCAGGACAACUGUGUGUUUGUGCCAAACUCUGGCCAAGAGGACGCAGACAGGGAUGGGAAGGGUGACGCCUGUGAUGAUGAUGCAGACAAUGACGGCAUUAUUAACAUAGAUGAUAACUGCUGGCUUGUUCCUAACGUGGACCAGAGGAACAGCGAUAAGGAUCUCCAUGGUGACGCAUGUGACAACUGCAGAAUAAUAGACAAUCCCUCACAGAGAGAUACAGACCAGGACGGGCUGGGAGAUGAAUGUGAUGAUGACAUGGAUGGGGACGGCUUCAAUAAUAUUCUUGACAACUGCCAGCGAGUCCCCAACCCAGACCAGAGAGACAGAGACCAUGACGGGGUGGGAGACGCCUGUGACAGCUGUCCUGAUAUGGCCAAUCCCAACCAGUCCGACUCAGAUGACGACCUUGUAGGAGAUACCUGUGAUGACAACAUAGACAGUGAUGGGGACGGCCACCAGAACACGAAGGACAACUGUCCCACUAUCAUCAACUCCUCUCAGCUGGACACUGACAAGGAUGGAAUGGGAGAUGAAUGUGACGAUGACGAUGAUAAUGACGGCAUACUGGAUGAUAAUGACAACUGCAGACUAGUUCCCAACAAAGAUCAAAAGGACUCUGAUAACAACAACAUUGGAGACGCAUGCGAAGGAGACUUUGACAAAGACAAUAUCAUAGACAAAAUCGACCACUGCCCAGAGAAUGCUGAGGUCACCCUGACCGACUUCAGAGCCUAUCAGACUGUGGUGCUGGACCCAGAGGGAGACUCCCAGAUCGACCCCAACUGGGUGGUUCUCAACCAGGGUAUGGAGAUAGUCCAGACCAUGAACUCUGACCCGGGCCUUGCUGUAGGCUACAAAGCGUUCAGUGGGGUCGACUUUGAGGGAACGUUCCACGUGAACACGGUGACAGAUGAUGACUACGCUGGCUUCAUCUUCGGCUACCAGGACUCCUCCUCAUUCUACGUGGUGAUGUGGAAACAGACGGAACAAACCUACUGGCAGGCUGCUCCCUUCAGAGCCGUGGCUGAGCCGGGAAUACAACUCAAGAUGGUGAAGUCUGAGACGGGUCCAGGUGAGCAUCUGAGGAAUUCCCUCUGGCACACAGGAGACACCAAGGGGCAGGUCCGCCUCCUGUGGAAGGACCCCAGGAACGUCGGCUGGAAGGACAAGGUUUCCUACCGCUGGGUCCUCCAGCACAGGCCACAGGUUGGAUACAUCAGGGCUCGCUUUUUUGAGGGUUCGAACCUGGUGGCGGACACAGGGGUGAUAAUUGACACCAGUAUGAGAGGAGGGCGACUGGGAGUGUUCUGCUUCUCUCAGGAAAAUAUCAUCUGGUCCAAUUUGAAGUAUCGUUGCAACGACACUAUUCCUGUCGACUACCAGGAUCUCAGCGCCCAGAACACAGAAUGAAGCCAGAGCGGUAGAGAACAUUCGUUAGAGAAAAAUGGAUAAAUGUGGGAACAUGAUGGUAUUUUAACUUUGUCAUUAGAGCAGCAGGGUCUUAGGAAAGCAUAACAAUGGGCAUUAUAUACUUAUCUUUAAUUCAGUGCGACUGAAGUCAGUAUAUUCUUGUAUAAAUCAGCAGGUUCUGUGUAUGUUUAUGCAAUAUCUCCUUCGGUUUUAUCAGCAUUUUAUGAGUACUGUUAAAGAGGCAAUACUGUUUUUGAAUAUAUUGCAAGUACAAUAAAGC